GUCGGCUUGUGACGCGCUCCACAAGUGUGAGCACCACGUCCACCUCCCUUCUCGCAGGCUGCGUUCAUAGACGUUAACGCCCGUGCCAGGCGGCGUCCUCACAGUCUGCCAGGUGCGGUAUCUGAACUCGUCAUGGCUAUGCUAGUAAUGCGGCUGACCAAGCCGACGCUGAUGCCGUUCCAACCAAUCGUGGCUGACAGCCGAGACCUGUGCGGGGAUCUGCUGCAGCAGAUGAACAACCAGGACAUGGCAAGACCUCGGGGGCUGGACUGCUUUCCGCUGGGGGACCUGCUGACCCUCCCACAGAACUUUGGAAACAUUUUUCUUGGUGAGACCUUCUCCAGUUACAUUAGUGUUCAUAAUGACAGUAAUCAGAUUUGCAAGGAUAUAAGUCUUAAGGCAGACCUUCAGACUGGCUCGCAGCGUAUCAGCCUGACCUCUGUGGGCCAACAGCCCAUUCCAGAACUGCUGCCAGACCACAGCAUCGAUGAUGUCAUUCACCAUGAAGUGAAGGAACUAGGCACUCACAUACUUGUCUGUGCAGUCAGCUAUGCACAAGCAUCAGGGGAGAGAAUGCAGUUUCGAAAGUUCUUUAAGUUUCAGGUUCUGAAGCCACUGGAUGUAAAGACAAAAUUCUACAAUGCAGAGGACUUUCUAUCGGACGAGGUGUUCCUGGAAGCUCAGAUUCAGAACAUUACACCUGGCCCCAUCUAUAUGGAGCGGGUCAGCCUGGAGCCCUCCAGCCAGUACACCGCCCGAGAGCUCAACUCCCCGGACGGCAAAGAAGGACACUUGUUCGGAGCUGUGGACUACUUAUCGGCCAACGACACCCGCCAGUACCUGUACUGCCUGACCCCGCGACCCGAGCUGUACGCGGAGACCAAGGUGCUGAAAGGUGUCACCAACAUCGGCAAGCUCGACAUCGUCUGGAAGACCAACAUGGGCGAGAAGGGGAGACUACAGACCAGUCAGCUGCAGAGAGUGGCACCAGGUUAUGGCGACAUACGGUUGACCGUGGAGUCCGUGCCAGACACUGUUACCUUGGAGACGACCUUCAACGUCGUCUGUAGAAUCACUAACUGCUGUGAGCGCACCAUGGACCUGACACUAGUGCUGCACAACAUGCCCUUACUGGGUGUGAUGUGGUGUGGUGUGUCUGGCCGACAGCUGGGCAAACUGCCUCAGAACGAGAGCAUGGACCUCCCUCUUACUCUGCUAGCCGUCACUCCAGGACUUCAGACCAUCUCCGGGCUGCGGCUGACGGACAACUUCUUGAAGAGGACCUACGAGCAUGAUGAGAUCGCGCAGGUCUUUGUCAUCGACGAGGACACCUUCUAGUCACGUGACACGAAACUUGCACAACUGACGUCAUAUCUUACGGUCAUCAUCUACCAUCACAGUUCAUCGUCAUGUCUUGCUGUAUGUAAUUUUACAUCGUCAUCUUACUGUCAUCACCUGUCAUGUGUCAUUAUCAUCAGCAGUCAUGACUUUCAGUAUUGUCAUGAAUGCUGUCAUCACUGGCUGCCAUGUCAUGUCAUCCAACGCCAUGACUCACUGCAAUAUCUGGCGUCAUAUGUCAUUAUCGUCAACGAUCGCGAGGUCCGCGUGUGGACCAGCAGUGUAUUUUCCAGUCUGUUGCCCAAGCGCAAACCGGCAUGAAGGAGGCGUGGCUGCAGACUUACCCUGUGCAAUGGAGGUGCCGUCAGGAGGAGCACUGGGCAAAAUUGUCUCCAUUUUUUCCAUCAAAAACAUUGCACAGCUUCCCUGGAGACAAGGUUCGACCUAACUCUGUAAACAAUUUUAUCUUUAAAAGAAGUAACUGAUAUUGAAUAUGGCCUGAUAUUGAAACAUUUCCCAGCGAUACCAUUACAUCCUGUAGAAUGUGGUGAUGCUAGGAAGUUCCUGCUGUACAUUUUCUAAUUGUUAUUUCUUGACAUUUUUAUUUGUCACAAAUUUGAAUGCGUUCGCGAGAAAGGAUGCUGUGAGAAAAACGAAAAGUUAUUACAUGGCUGAUAAAGGUACGUUUUUAUUUCCUGCUCCGCUUGAAUGGCGGUGCAGUGCCUUAGCAGAGAGAAAACGAGAGAUGCGUUAUGGGUUGCAUGAUGGCGGUGACCUGUCACUGUAUAUUUUGUAUACCUUGUAUAGUUUGGUGUGAGAGAAGCAAACCACGAGUUCUGAGAGGUGUAUAUUUGAUGACCACAGUAACACCAGCAGCUUUGCGCGUGCGAUUCUUCGCUGUAAGUUUCAUCAUCUUCUAACCAUGUUUUUUGAAUCAUUUAUUAGCUCUUAUCUUAAGGAUAGCCCUCACCUUAACUCAAAAAUUCAGUCUGACGAUAAUGCAUUUCAAAACCUAAACUGUUGUUUAAAAAAUACAAUAAAACGUCGCGAUUAAAAAAAAAAUGUUUACAUAAUGUAAAACCUCAGCGUUAGAGUUUGACUAUAGAGGAGUUUAAAUAUACUGCAUUUUAUGUUAUUAUUUUAACAAAAUUAAAGUGUGCACGUUUGCGCAGAGUCUGUGCGUUUGACUGCUGUUAUCGGAAUAUAGAAGCUAUCUACCUGUGUCGUCUGAAAGUUGAAAUUUCUUGCAUAAAACAUGAUUUCAAAUAAGCAUACAUGUUGACUUGUGGUGGUAAUGUAAUGAGUCGUGUGUGUUCGACAGGACAGGACGAGUAGAUUAUUACAGGCACGUUAGAGACGAGGGGGCCAUUAAGAGUGAAUUGCCUCCAUGUUACAUGUCGCAUCGUGAGCAUUGCUCAGGAUGUCAUUCAGAAACAUUAUGUCCUUAGCUGUUUGUUGAUAUUUUGUGACAGUUGUAGAGUGCAUAUGCAGAGGAAUGGAGUUUACAUUGUCACGAUGUUGACGAAUAAAUGAAGUUUUGAUGAGUCAUGUAUUUUGAGCCAUUUAUAAUUCAUGAAGUCAGUUACAAAGUUUGCCAGGUUGGGGUUUCAGUCAUUCGUAACAAAAAGGUGUGAUGAAGAUAACAGAAGGUAAACUUUUCCUUCCUUUAA